GGACGGUUUGUGACGCAGAGAGCGAUGGUACCAUUCCUAUGCGGUGUCCUUCCAGUCCCGACACAUGUCUCUACGAUUCGAUGAUCUGUGACGGAAAGCCCAACUGUCCCCAGGCGGAGGACGAGUCAUUCGCUUUGUGUGUAUUACGUCACUGGACCUUCAGAUGGUUUCGUAAAUUUCUUCCAGCGUCACAGAGACAGACCGUGCCCUGA